AUGUCCUUCAUUCAACAACAACGAAGACUUGACAUUUUACUUUCACAUUUGAAUCCAUUUUCUCUUUCGGAGCAGAACACAACAACCAAUGAAUUGGUGAGUCUUCAUUCCUGUUCUGGUGGAAUUCAUGAUGACAGUAAUAACACUCGUCUUCCAAAAGCCAAUGAUUUAGAAGCCAAUGAAAAUCUUCGUCGAUUUCAUCUUGCACUGAAGAGACAAGACCGUCCACUUCUACCCCAAACGAAAUCUCUCAAAGAUUUGAAAGCUUUCUACGCUCCAGAUUCACACUCACUUUCCUCUCGUUUAUUGCAAUCCAUGGAAGCUUCAUUAUUUUCCCACGGUUUCACUGCAGGUCGAGAACGGAUUUGGCAUUUGCUUUCACAAGAUCAAUUUCUCAUUGAUAAUGAAUGGUCAGUGCAUCAAUAUCGACAACAAUUAGAUUCUCAAUAUCGUGAGCUCAUGAAACAUGGUUUAUUGAGUGUUGAGAGCGUGAAUCAAGAUAUUUAUUCAUUAUUGGGAGUUUUGGAAGGAACUGUUAUCUAUGACAUGUCAUGCACUGCCAAAAUGGUGAAAUGUUUACAAUUAUGUGGAAGUUGCAUUUACAAAUUAGGCACUGAAAAACAUCGUCAUUUACUGGAUGGAAUUAACAAGGGACAAGAUAUCAUGUGUUUCAUGAUGACUGAAUUAACACACGGAUCCAAUGUGAAAGGAAUUGAAACUACGGCAACUUUUGAUCCCACUACGAAAGAAUUUAUCAUUCAUUCACCUACAAAAUCCUCUUACAAAAUUUGGGUCGGAAAUUCAGCAGUUUAUGGAACCAAAGCUUGUGUAUUCGCUCAAUUAAUUGUGAACAAUGAAAAUAAGGGAGUUCAUGUGUUUGUAGUUCCCAUUCGAGAUCCAUUGACUCUUGAAUUGUAUGAUGGAAUUCAAAUCAAAGAUAUUGGAGUGAAACAAGGAUGGAAUGCAGUGGACAAUGGAUGUAUUGCAUUUGAAAAGGUGAGAGUUCCAUUGGAUUCAUUGUUGAAUCGUUAUGGUGAAGUCACUCCUGAUGGAAAGUAUGUGAGUGCCAUUAAGGAUGAAAAUAUGAGAUUUGCGGUCACCUUGUCAUCGCUUGCUAUGGGUCGAUUGUUGUAUUGUGCAGGACCAACCUAUGCAUUGAAAGCUGGAUUAACCACUGCCAUUCGUUACGCUCAUCAACGAAGACAAUUUGGAAACAAGGACCAAAAGGAAAAUUUAAUUUGGGAAUAUCCCACUCAUCAUGAUUUAAUUUUACCCAUGCUCGCCAACACGUUUGCAUUCUUUUCAGGAUUUUCCACUCUCGCUCAUGAUUAUUCUAUUUCUGACAACAAGACGCAAUCUUUUGAGGAUUUCAAUGCCAUUGUAUCAGGUGUGAAAGCAUAUAUUUGUGAAUAUGCAACACCAGCAUUACGAGAAUUAAGAGUGGCAUGUGGAGGACAUGGUUAUUCCAAUAAUAAUAGAAUUGGAAUUUUGAUGAAUGAUAUGUGCGUGUUUGGAACUGCUGAAGGCGACUCGAUUGUCUUGUAUCAACAAUUAGCAAAAUAUUUAUUUGAUCGAGUCAAGAAGAAACAAUCCAAGACGACGACAAGUCUUUCUCCAGUCUUGCAACAAGUGUUGACGUGUGAAUCUACGAAUCCAAAAGGUCAAAACGAUGUGUUGAAUUUAGAAUUCCAAAAGAAGGCAUUGGCAUUUCGAGUGAAGAAAUUAUUGGAAGAGUGUCAAUCUCAAAUUGGAUCUUAUUUGAAACAACAAAAAGAUUUCCAAACUGCAUGGAAUUUGAGUUUGGUCAAAAUUAUUGAACUUGCGAGAAGUUAUGUCGAAUUGGAAUUACUUUUUAGAAUGCAGGAAACUUUAUUGAAGAAUGCUGUGGAUCAAGAAACUCGUGACAUUUUCAAAACGAUCAGUAGUCUCUUUUCUCUUUACAUGAUUCGUCAAAAUCUUUCCUAUUAUUUAAUUCAUGAAUAUUUUGAUAUUGAAAUUUCGAAAAUGAUUAUGGAUGAGACUCUUCCUGGCCUCUAUGAACAGUUGAAACAUAUUUCAUUGGAUCUCGUUGAAGCUUUCAACAUUCCUGAUUUUCUGUUGAGAGCUCCAAUUGGAAUUCAUCAUCAAAAUUAUGUUGAUAAUACAUUGCAAAGUAUUGGAUUUUAUUGA